AUGGGAACGCAGCUGUCAGUUCUCAAGGGAGCGCGCGGCGAUGCCAGCGAGCGGGCGUGGUAUUCCAACUUCGAAGCCGCGGAGGCUUCGCUGCUCCACAGAAAGGAAAAGAAAGACGAAAAAACAAAAGGCCCUUCGGCGUUCCAGGUGUGCAGUCGCUUAGUGCGCGGCUCGAUUUACAGCGCCUACGACGUUUCCUGCCGAGUUCUGGGCCAAGGCACCGGCGGCCCUCUUUACGCGGCGCGCAGCAAGUUGACGGGGCGCCAAUGCUGCGUGAAGUUUUUCCGGAAAACGGCGAGCGGUCUGGGAGCGCCUUCUCGAACGGCGGUUUUGAAAAUCCGAAAUGAACUCAAAGUCCGCGUGAGAGUCGACCACCCAAACAUCGCCAGGCUGAUCGAGAUCUACGAAGACGAGAAACAGCUUGCCAUUGUUCUCGAGUACUGCAGCGGCGGCGACUUGUUCUCGCACUUGUGCGCCAGAGGCAGGUUUCCCGAGCAGACCGCCCGCGCGCUUGUUCACCAGAUGCUCACAGUCCUCUACUAUCUGCAUUCCCACGACGUCGUCCACCGAGACCUGAGACUGGAGAAGUGGGUCGUAGCCCCGGAAGCCGGCGGAGACAGCGAAGACGGCGGCGCUUCCUUCCUGGCCGGCCCUGUGAAGCUCGUCGAUCUCGGCAGCGCCACAGUCUGGCGCAACAAGUCGCGAAAACUGGAUGUGGCAUGCGGUGCGCUGCCGUACGCGUCUCCAGACAUGCUGGUGGGUAGAUACACCCAGGCGUGCGACCUCUGGUCUCUCGGCGUCAUCACCUACAUGCUUCUCUCAGGACAUCCUCCUUUUCACGGACGCCAGCAAACGCUUGUCUCGCAAAUUUUAUCGGCAGCCUACACCACGCACACUCUAGGAUGGGAAGGCGUGUCCGACGAGGCCCGGGACUUCGUGGAGCGUCUCAUGGACGUCGAUCCUGUCCGGCGCAUGACGGUGGACGAGGCUCUUACGCACGUGUGGAUGGCUUCCAUUGAGCCGAUACGAGACUUCCCUCUCUCCCUCGAUUUCCUUGUCGCCGUGAAGAAAUUUGCGAGAUGCAGCAAACUGCGACGGGCGAUCCUGACGAUGAUGGCCUACUCGGUCACAACUGAGGCAGCCGGAGCCAACUUGGUCUUUUUCCUUCUGCCGCUCCGUGUCCCUCGGCGCGGUGUGUCGCCUGUGUUUCUCGCGGCUGCGUCAACCGGAGGCUCUCGUGAUCGCACAAAAAACUUGGAUCCGGUAGACAAAGACAUUCAAGAUUCCCCGGCAGAAGUCCUUGAUCGAUGGUUCUACAUCCCGAGGCUGUCUUCGUGUACGUGCGUGCCUCAACUGAGUCUGCCUGCGCUCGCGUCGUCUCCACUUGUCUCCGUCCUUGCUCCAUCACUGGCCAGGCGCGUUUCUGGCGCGGCUGUUCCCGCUUCGCUGUUGGUGUCGGCAGACCUCGAGAAGCUUUUUUUCGCGUUUUGCAAGCCGCCGAAAGCCACUCUCGGCCUCGACGAAUUCCUUUCCGCCAUGAAAACGCACUUUCCGUUCCUCGACAUCGGCCAGAUGGUGCGGAUUUUCCAGGCGAUGGACUCUUCUUGUGAAAAGGAAAUCUCGUACAACGACUUCUUGGCGGCGAUGUUGAAGCCUCAACUGGAGAAGGAAGAUCUCCUCCUCGUCCACACUUUCCACAAGUGGGACGCCGACCGCUCCGGCGUCAUCUCGCUGGACGACUUGCGCGUUCUUCUCGGAGAUCGAUACGGAAACGACAUUCUCGAGGAUAUGAUGCACGAUUUCGACAUAAAUGGAAACGGCCACAUUGAUCUUGAUGAGUUCGUCGAGGCCGUCCGCGACGAUGAGGACGAGUUCGAGUCCUACAGCCGAGAUGGCUAUGCGGAAUUCCUAGCUUCGCCAGCUGCUGCGCGCCGUCUGCAUCAGACGGGACGAUAA